AUGUCCAGCGUGGCGGCGCCCUCGCCGGUGGCCGCGAGCCAGCCUGCGAAAACCAACAAACGACUCCAGCUAGAAGCGGUGAUGCGCGAGUUCCAGAGCAAGUUGGGGCCCGACUGGGAAACGUACCACGAGGCGCUCUCGGCGUUCCUCAUCGGGCGGCUCUCGCGGGCGGAAUUGGUGGCGCGGGUCGGCCCGUUGAUGAAGGCCGGCUUGCUCAAGUACCACAACAAGCUCCUCCUCCUCAACUUCGCGCACUCGCUCCAGGACGGUGCGCAGGAGUACCUGAGCGAGCUCGCCAGCUUCUGGAACAAGCGCAACGCCAAGGCGCGCGGCGUCAAGCUGAGCCAGUACGAGAAGUUCAAGCAGAACAUCAUGGGCUUGCCCUUGAAGGAGCGGCGGCGCAUCCGCGCCAUCACCAAGGACGCCGGCAAGCGGGACAGGCUCGGCGCGUCCGUCACGCUCACGCGCCAGGCGUUGCUCCCGAAAAUCCCCAUGAUCCUGGACAAGGAGCAGCAGCAGUUGCAGGUGAACAACUUGGUGCAGUGGCAGCAGGACGUGGUCAACGGCAUCAACACGCCGCUCGCGUCCGCCAGCCACGAGCUCCCGGACACAGACACGCUCUCGCGGAAGGUGCUCAUGACCUCGCGCGAACACGGGCUCACGGGCGGCAUCGGCGCACGCGUGUUCGAGGUCAUCUCGCUCGGCCUCGAAACACACCUCAAGAACAUCGUGGAGUGCGCCGUGGACUCCGUGCGCUACCGCAAACGCAAGUACGAGUCCAGCGCGUUCCUCCAGCCCGGCUUUUUGCAGGGCGGCGCCGGCGACAUGUACAACACGCUCGAAAUGUUCCCGCACUUGGCGGAGCCGGGCGGCCCGCAGGCGCGUCUCUGCAGCAUCAUGCUCCAGAACGACGAUCUCAUAGACCACGCCGGGCCGGGCUACGAGUUGCCGCCGCGGCCCGCGCUCGCGGCGCCGAAGGCCGCCCCGUCUGCGCCCGAAAGCGCCGGGCCGAAAAGACCGGCCCUGGACCCGGAAAACGGGCCUGCGGCGCAGGGAAACGGCGUCGUGCCGAACGGCGGCUCGGGCGCGCCGCCGCCCAAAGAGGUCUCGCACGUGGGCACGCCGGACGAGUUGAAGUGGUUGCUCCAUGACCUCAUCCGCUCGUCGACCUGA